CGCCAGCAGGCAGAGGCGGCAAACAGCAGCUUGGGCGCCUGUUGCAGUGAGGGUGGCGGGGAUGGCAUGAGCGAGCGGCAGCCCGGCAGCGCGUGUGUGACCUGUGUGUGGGGGGAGGGCAGUGAGGGCUCGGGCGGGGCUGCCCGCAGGUGGGCGCAGCCGGGCGUGCCCUGUGCACGUGUGCGGAUGGAGGCUGGUGUGUCUGAGCCCGUGCGCUGGGCGUGCCACGUGCAGACCGGCCAUGUGCAGGGGCGGGGCUGAUGGGCCACAAGGCUCGGCCGCGCACCCGCCUGGUCUGAGUGCUUCGUAGGACACGGACGGGAGCGCGACAGAGGUGGCCUGGGCGUCCCAGCCCACAGCGCGCCAUUCCGCGCCGAGGACCACCGCUGAACCAGGGUGCCGCCAGGCCUGGAUGUGUCCGUGCCACAGCUCCUUGCUGUCUCAAGGAGACCUCACACAGGGCAGAGCUGGGAGCCCCAGGACGCUGGCCUAGCACCUGUUGGAGGGGAGCUUUCGGUGGUUCCCAUCGGCCUGCAGAAGGUUCUGGAAGAGCUGGUGACCGUCCCCAAGGGUGUCCAUGGGCCACAGGAGGGGCUGCCCGGAGAGGCCAGGCCCGCCAUGCUGCAGUGCAGGCCGGCCCAGGAGUUCAGCUUCGGCCCACGGGCCCUGAAGGAGGCGCUGGUGUCCACUGAUCCCACCCUGCAGCAGCACUACGUGGCCACCUUCACCCCUGCCGAGAGGCUCUUCCUGGCCGAGGCCUACAACCCCCAGAGGACGCUCUUCUGCUCCCUGCUCAUCCGCUCCGCCUUCGAUUGGCUCCUCAGCCGCCCUGAGGCCCCCGAGGACUUCCAGACCUUCCACGCCUCCCUGCCAGCCCGGAGGCCGGGCCUGGCCCGCAAGCACAUCUACUUACAGCCCAUAGAUCUGAGCGAGGGUCCGGUGGGCAGCGGUUUGCUGGAGCACCUGAGGAACUGCACGGAGGCCUUCUUCUUGGGCUUGCAGGUCCGCUGCCUGCCCUCGGUGGCGGCCGCGUCCAUUCACUGCUGCUCGCGUCCCAGCCAGGACUCGGACAGGCUCCAGCUGCACACAGACGGCAUCCUGUCUUUCCUGAAGAACAGCAAGCCGGGGGAUGCGCUGUGCGUGCUGGGCCUCACGUUGUCCGACCUGUACCCUUGCGAGGCCUGGAGCUUCACCUUCGGCAAGUUCCUUCCAGGCCACGAGGUAGGCGUCUGCAGCUUUGCCCGGUUCUCGGGGGAUCUCUUGCCAUCGGGACCCCGCGCCUCUGAUCCAGCCUUGGUGGAGGUGGCCACAGAUGACCCUGUGACUCCCGGGCAGGACGGAGGCCCAACUGUGUGCUUCAGUGCCCUGGGGAUGGUCCAGUGCUGCAAGGUCACAUGUCAUGAGCUCUGCCAUCUCCUGGGGCUGGGGAACUGCCGCUGGCUGCACUGCCUCAUGCAGGGGGCGCUCAGCCUGGAUGAGGCCCUGCGGCGGCCCCUGGACCUCUGUCCUAUCUGUCUGCGGAAGCUGCAGCACGUCCUCGGCUUCAAGCUUGUCGACAGGUACAAGAGACUUUACGCCUGGACUCAAGCGGGGAUGCGGCCUCGAACCAGCCAGGAUGCGGGGGCGGCGUCUGCGGCGGACACCCUGCCCGGCAGCACAGACUCGGGUCUGAGCUGCGGGAGCGCGUCAGAGCCGGGCAGCAGCCUGUCGGAGCCCCUAACCCCUGACGCGGGGAGCCACAGCUUCUCUGUGGGGCCGGAGCUGGAGCACGAGGAGGGGCUGGGCUCGCUGGCCAUCCCUGAGAGCCCGCCGCAGCUCGGGCCCCCGUGCGAAGCCAUCGAGGAGCACGGGCAGUGGCUGGCACUGUGCAUCCGGGCCCUGGAGCGGGAGGUGACAGAGGAGGAUCUGGCCCAGGUGGACGGGGCUGUGGAUGCCUUGGCCGGGUGGGGGAUGUUCACGGGGCAGCUCCCCGCACCCCGGCCCGGCCUGCCCUGCAGCCGCGACGGCCUGGGGCUGCGCAGGGUCCUGGGGGGCACGCUCUCCUCCCUGCGGAGGAAGCUGAGCACGCGCAGACUGGCCAGGGCGGGGUCGUCCCCCUGUCGCUGGAGAGCCGAGGAGAAUUAACCCGGAAGCCCAUCCGUCUGUCGCCGUGCACCCCCAGGAUCAGCGGCAGUCCUGGGUCCGGUCCCCAGGGUACCAGCAGAGAAUCUUCAGGCCCAGCAUGGACGGCACUGGGGACUCUGGGCCUCCCUCGCCUGCCCCACUGGAGCAGAGGCUGCCUGGGGCAGAAGCCAGGCUGCAUGCCCCGGGGGAAGUGAGGGGCUUACGGUUUGGCCAACCCCAUGCAGGCAGGGCUGGCCCAGCCUUCUGAGCCUCAGGCUGCACGCGGUGCCUGCAGAGGCUGCCGGGCAGGGUCGCAGUGACCGAGGCCCUCCGUGCCCCUGACCUGGUCACCUGCUGUCCCCUGCAGUGGUGAGAGCAGUGUGGGCUGCGGACAAGGGGCGCCGCUGGGGUCUCAGAUCCUGGCAUUUACGGGGUCGUCGUGGACUCUUUGGACUCCUUUUCAUGAGGGCUGGGCCGAGGUGGCCAGCUUAUCUGGGGUGUCUGUGUCCCUUUGCUUCUGUCACACGUUUCCUGAGCUGAAGCUUGGGCGUGCAUGGGUGUCUGCCAGCUCUGUCCUAGUUCUGUGUGUCUGUGUAGCAGCAGAGGGAAGGUUCCCGGCCCCCAGCAGUGCGCCUACAGCUACGUCUCCCUCCUGGAAAGAGACCAGACAGGGGUGCUCUUACACUCUGGGGCUAGCUUUACAGUCUGGGGGCUUUCCUAAGAAAAGCUGCAAAAUACAACCCAUUUCGAGGAUCUCCUUCCCCAGCAAGCAGGCCUCAAGCUUCCUGUCUGCAGACUCCAGGUAGGAGCACAGGGUCCCAGGCCCGCAAAGCACUGAGCGCAGGUGUGGGCUCCAGGUCAGGGUCCUGGGGGCCACAGGCAUCUCCAUGACCAGGAGGUCAGGGAGGGAAAUGGGGAGAAGCCAGCAGAGGAAGGCUUGUGCCUGGGGAGCUGUUGCCGUGAACACAGCCCCCAACCUUCGUUCGUGCCUUAAAGCCCCAACCCUGCGCUUAGAGCUAAGGCAUUUGCAUUGGGGGCAGAGUCUGUAGGAAGGAAGGUCGGCUGCAUGGAGGGCUGGCUCCUGGGGCUCAGGCCCACGGGCCCAGGACCUCCGGGAGCACCCCAAAAUGCCGCUGCUCCUGUACCUCAGCACAGCCACCCCCCAGGUUCACAGGGAGGGGGUGAACCGUCAGGCAGAGCUGGGGUGAAUGGGAACCUGCCCUAUCCAUGAGCAUGGCUUGGACGGGCCCUCCUGCUGCCUCGGUCACGUUACCUGUUUCCCAGUUUCCUUCUGUCUUCUGCAAAAGGUGGGUCUCCAGAUGGUAGUGGAGAAGCUAGGAUGUGGGGAGGGAGCACUCGGGGCGGAGCCUGGGCCAUGGGGGUGGCGGCCUGUCUGCUCUGCCUCCAGGCUGCAAAGGGACAGUGGUUUGAAAGCCAGCUGCUGGAGGGGAACAUUGUGAGAAUAAAACUUGGAGGAACAGAGGUUCCUUCUGGCAUUAAGGAGGCUGGAGGGGUGGGGAGCACUUUGGGACAGUCCCCGGGGCGGUGGCACACGUUAUGUGAGUGGAACUGGGUAUCGACACACCAUGGCUCCCUAGGGGCCUGGUUUUUGUUAAUAAACAUACAA